GGCGGCCGGGCCGGCAUCGCCGCCGCGUCCCUCCGCUAGAGGAGGGGACCAAGCCAAUUCUCUUUUUGCAGGAAAAGAAAAAAAAAAGAUUAACAUAAAUUGCAUGUAUAUAUUAUUAGCAUAAUAUAUACAUCUGAUUUUAUUUUUUUAAAAAGUUUAUUUUGCUCCAUUUUUGAAAAAGAGGGAGCGUGGGUGGCAGGCGGUUUUUAUAAAUUACCCUUAUUUUCUGUUAUUUGUCCCUGUCCUUCCCCACCCCCUGCUGAAGCGAAAAUAAGGGCAGGGACCGCGGCUCCCACCGCGCUACAAACCCCUUACCCAUCCCACCCCGGCCCCAACGCCCGGUACAGUGCCCUGCACACAGUAGGCGCUCAAUAAAUGUUCGUGGAUGAUGAUGAUGAUGAUGAUGAAAAAAAUGCAGCAUCAACGGCAGCAUCAAGCGGACCACGCGAACGAGGUAAACUAUGCAAGAGGCACCAGACUCCCUCUUUCUGGUGAAGGACCAACUUCUCAACCGAAUAGCUCCAAGCAAACUGUCCUGUCUUGGCAAGCUGCAAUCGAUGCUGCUAGACAGGCCAAGGCUGCCCAGACUAUGAGUACCUCCGCACCCCCACCUGUAGGAUCUCUCUCCCAAAGAAAACGUCAGCAAUACGCCAAGAGCAAAAAACAGGGUAACUCGUCUAACAGCCGACCUGCCCGCGCCCUUUUCUGUUUAUCACUGAAUAACCCCAUCCGAAGAGCCUGCAUUAGUAUAGUGGAAUGGAAACCAUUUGACAUAUUUAUAUUAUUGGCUAUUUUUGCCAAUUGUGUGGCCUUAGCUAUAUACAUCCCAUUCCCUGAAGAUGAUUCUAAUUCAACAAAUCAUAACUUGGAAAAAGUAGAAUAUGCCUUCCUGAUUAUUUUUACAGUCGAGACAUUUUUGAAGAUUAUAGCGUAUGGAUUGUUGCUGCAUCCUAAUGCUUAUGUCAGGAAUGGAUGGAAUUUGCUGGAUUUUGUUAUAGUGAUUGUAGGAUUGUUUAGUGUAAUUUUGGAACAAUUAACCAAAGAAACAGAAGGCGGAAACCACUCCAGUGGCAAAUCAGGAGGCUUUGAUGUCAAAGCGCUCCGUGCCUUUCGAGUGUUACGACCACUUCGACUAGUAUCAGGAGUGCCCAGUUUACAAGUUGUUCUGAACUCCAUUAUAAAAGCCAUGGUUCCCCUCCUUCACAUAGCCCUUUUGGUAUUAUUUGUAAUCAUAAUCUAUGCUAUUAUAGGAUUGGAACUUUUUAUUGGAAAAAUGCACAAAACAUGUUUUUUUGCUGACUCAGAUAUUGUAGCUGAAGAGGACCCAGCUCCGUGUGCGUUCUCAGGGAAUGGACGCCAGUGUACUGCCAAUGGCACAGAAUGUAGGAGUGGCUGGGUUGGCCCAAAUGGAGGCAUCACCAACUUUGAUAACUUUGCCUUUGCCAUGCUCACUGUGUUUCAGUGCAUCACCAUGGAGGGCUGGACAGAUGUGCUCUACUGGAUGAAUGAUGCUAUGGGAUUUGAAUUGCCCUGGGUGUAUUUUGUCAGUCUCGUCAUCUUUGGGUCAUUUUUCGUACUAAAUCUUGUACUUGGUGUAUUGAGCGGAGAAUUCUCCAAGGAAAGAGAGAAAGCAAAAGCCCGGGGAGAUUUCCAGAAGCUUCGAGAGAAGCAGCAACUGGAAGAGGAUCUUAAGGGCUACUUGGACUGGAUCACCCAGGCAGAGGACAUCGAUCCGGAGAAUGAGGAGGAGGGAGGAGAGGAAGGAAAAAGAAAUACUAGCAUGCCUACCAGUGAGACUGAAUCUGUGAACACCGAGAAUGUAAGUGGUGAAGGCGAGGCGCAGGGCUGCUGUGGAAGUCUCUGUCAAGCCAUCUCAAAAUCUAAACUCAGCCGACGCUGGCGUCGCUGGAACCGAUUCAAUCGCAGAAGAUGUAGGGCUGCUGUGAAGUCUGUCACAUUUUACUGGCUAGUUAUUGUCCUGGUGUUUCUCAACACUUUAACCAUCUCCUCUGAGCACUACAAUCAGCCGGACUGGUUGACACAGAUUCAAGAUAUUGCUAACAAAGUCCUCUUGGCUCUGUUCACCUGUGAGAUGCUGGUGAAAAUGUACAGUCUGGGUCUCCAAGCAUAUUUUGUCUCUCUUUUCAACCGGUUUGAUUGCUUUGUGGUAUGUGGUGGGAUUACUGAGACCAUCUUGGUGGAGCUGGAGAUCAUGUCUCCACUGGGGAUCUCUGUGUUCCGGUGUGUACGCCUCUUAAGAAUCUUCAAAGUGACCAGGCACUGGACUUCCCUGAGCAACUUGGUGGCAUCCUUGUUAAACUCCAUGAAGUCCAUCGCUUCACUAUUGCUUCUGCUUUUCCUCUUCAUUAUCAUCUUUUCCUUACUUGGGAUGCAGCUAUUUGGUGGCAAGUUUAAUUUUGACGAAACGCAGACUAAGCGAAGCACCUUCGACAACUUUCCUCAAGCAUUGCUGACAGUAUUUCAGAUUCUGACAGGUGAAGACUGGAAUGCCGUGAUGUAUGAUGGCAUCAUGGCUUAUGGAGGCCCCUCCUCCUCAGGAAUGAUCGUCUGCAUCUACUUCAUCAUCCUCUUCAUUUGCGGCAACUAUAUUCUACUGAAUGUCUUCUUGGCCAUCGCUGUUGAUAAUUUGGCUGAUGCUGAAAGUUUGAAUACUGCUCAGAAGGAGGAAGCUGAAGAAAAGGAAAGAAAAAAGAUUGCAAGAAAAGAGAGUCUAGAAAAUAAAAAGAACAACAAACCAGAAGUCAACCAGGUAGCCAACAGUGACAACAAGGUUACAAUUGAUGACUAUCGAGAAGAGGAUGAAGACAAAGAUCCUUACCCACCUUGUGAUGUGCCAGUAGGUGAAGAGGAAGAGGAGGAAGAAGAGGAUGAACCCGAGGUUCCUGCUGGUCCCCGUCCUCGCAGAAUCUCAGAGUUGAACAUGAAGGAGAAAAUUGCUCCCAUCCCUGAAGGAAGCGCUUUCUUCAUUCUUAGCAAGACCAACCCGAUCCGAGUAGGCUGCCACAAGCUCAUCAACCACCAUAUCUUCACCAACCUCAUCCUCGUUUUCAUUAUGCUGAGCAGUGCCGCCCUUGCUGCCGAGGACCCCAUUCGCAGUCACUCCUUCCGGAACACUAUACUGGGUUACUUUGACUAUGCUUUCACAGCCAUCUUUACUGUUGAAAUCCUGUUAAAGAUGACAACUUUUGGAGCAUUCCUGCACAAAGGGGCUUUCUGCAGGAACUACUUCAAUUUGUUGGAUAUGCUGGUUGUUGGGGUAUCUCUGGUGUCAUUUGGGAUUCAAUCCAGUGCCAUCUCCGUUGUGAAGAUUCUGAGGGUUUUAAGGGUCCUGAGGCCUCUCAGAGCAAUCAACAGAGCCAAAGGACUUAAGCAUGUUGUUCAAUGUGUCUUCGUGGCCAUCCGGACCAUUGGCAACAUCAUGAUUGUUACCACCCUGCUCCAGUUCAUGUUUGCCUGCAUUGGGGUCCAGUUGUUCAAGGGCAAAUUCUAUCGCUGCACAGAUGAAGCCAAAAGUAACCCUGAAGAAUGCAGGGGGCUUUUCAUCCUCUACAAGGAUGGAGACGUUGAUAGCCCUGUGGUCCGUGAGAGGAUCUGGCAAAACAGUGACUUCAACUUCGACAAUGUCCUUUCUGCCAUGAUGGCGCUCUUCACAGUUUCCACGUUUGAGGGCUGGCCUGCGUUGCUGUAUAAAGCCAUCGACUCCAACGGAGAGAAUGUUGGCCCAGUCUACAACUACCGCGUGGAGAUCUCCAUCUUCUUUAUCAUCUACAUCAUCAUUGUUGCUUUCUUCAUGAUGAACAUUUUUGUGGGCUUUGUCAUCGUUACAUUUCAAGAGCAGGGAGAAAAAGAGUAUAAGAACUGUGAGCUGGAUAAAAAUCAGCGUCAGUGUGUCGAAUACGCCUUGAAAGCACGUCCCUUGAGGAGAUACAUCCCCAAAAACCCCUACCAGUACAAAUUCUGGUACGUGGUGAACUCUUCGCCUUUCGAAUACAUGAUGUUUGUCCUCAUCAUGCUCAACACACUCUGCUUGGCCAUGCAGCACUACGAGCAGUCCAAGAUGUUCAACGAUGCCAUGGACAUUCUGAACAUGGUCUUCACUGGGGUGUUCACUGUUGAGAUGGUUUUGAAAGUCAUUGCAUUUAAGCCUAAGGGGUAUUUUAGUGACGCCUGGAACACGUUUGACUCCCUCAUCGUAAUCGGCAGCAUUAUAGACGUGGCCCUCAGCGAAGCAGACCCAACUGAAAGUGAAAAUGUCCCUGUCCCAACUGCUACACCUGGGAACUCUGAAGAGAGCAAUAGAAUCUCCAUCACCUUUUUCCGUCUUUUCCGAGUGAUGCGAUUGGUGAAGCUUCUCAGCAGGGGGGAAGGUAUCCGGACUUUGCUGUGGACAUUCAUUAAGUCCUUUCAGGCACUCCCUUAUGUCGCCCUCCUCAUUGCCAUGCUCUUCUUCAUAUAUGCAGUCAUCGGCAUGCAGAUGUUUGGAAAAGUUGCCAUGAGAGAUAACAACCAGAUCAAUAGGAACAACAACUUCCAGACGUUUCCCCAGGCAGUGUUGCUGCUCUUCAGGUGUGCAACAGGUGAGGCCUGGCAGGAGAUCAUGCUAGCCUGCCUCCCAGGAAAGCUCUGUGAUCCUGAGUCAGAUUACAACCCUGGAGAGGAAUACACAUGUGGGAGCAACUUUGCCAUUGUUUAUUUCAUCAGCUUUUACAUGCUCUGUGCAUUUCUGAUCAUCAAUCUGUUUGUGGCUGUCAUCAUGGACAAUUUUGAUUAUCUGACCCGGGAUUGGUCUAUUUUGGGGCCUCACCAUUUAGACGAAUUCAAACGAAUAUGGUCAGAAUAUGAUCCUGAGGCAAAGGGAAGAAUAAAACACCUCGACGUGGUCACUUUGCUCCGACGUAUCCAGCCUCCUCUGGGAUUUGGGAAAUUGUGCCCACACAGAGUAGCAUGCAAGAGAUUGGUUGCCAUGAACAUGCCUCUCAAUAGUGAUGGGACUGUCAUGUUUAAUGCAACCUUAUUUGCUUUGGUCCGAACAGCUCUCAAGAUCAAGACUGAAGGGAACCUGGAACAAGCUAAUGAAGAACUUCGAGCGGUGAUAAAGAAAAUCUGGAAGAAAACCAGCAUGAAACUACUUGACCAAGUUGUCCCUCCAGCUGGUGAUGAUGAGGUAACCGUGGGGAAGUUCUAUGCCACUUUCCUGAUACAGGACUACUUUAGGAAAUUCAAGAAACGGAAAGAACAAGGAUUGGUGGGAAAGUACCCUGCGAAGAACACCACAAUUGCCCUACAGGCGGGAUUAAGGACAUUGCACGACAUUGGGCCAGAAAUCCGGCGUGCUAUAUCCUGUGAUUUGCAAGAUGAUGAGCCAGAAGAAACAAAACGAGAAGAAGAAGAUGUAUUCAAAAGAAAUGGUGCCCUGCUUGGAAACCAUGUCAAUCAUGUUAAUAGUGAUAGGAGAGAUUCCCUUCAGCAGACCAAUACCACCCACCGUCCCCUGCAUGUCCAAAGGCCUUCAAUUCCACCUGCAAGUGAUACUGAGAAACCGCUGUUUCCUCCAGCAGGAAAUUCGGUGUGUCAUAACCAUCAUAACCAUAAUUCCAUAGGAAAGCAAGUUCCCACUUCAACAAAUGCCAAUCUCAAUAAUGCCAAUAUGUCCAAAGCUGCCCAUGGAAAACGGCCCAGCAUUGGAAAUCUUGAGCAUGUGUCUGAAAAUGGGCAUCAUUCCUCCCAUCAGCAUGAUCGGGAGUCUCAAAGAAGGUCCAGUAUUAAAAGAACCCGCUAUUAUGAAACUUACAUUAGGUCUGACUCAGGAGAUGAGCAGCUCCCAACGAUCUGCCGGGAAGACCCCGAGAUCCAUGGCUACUUCAGGGACCCCCGCUGCUUGGGGGAGCAGGAGUAUUUCAGUAGUGAGGAGUACUGUGAAGAUGACAGCUCUCCUACCUGGAGCAGGCAAAACUACAGCUACUACAACAGGUACCAAGGCAGCACCAUGGACUUUGAGAGGCCCCGAGGCUACCAUCACCCCCAAGGCUUCUUGGAUGAUGAUGACUUUCCCAUUGGCUAUGACUCACGGAGAUCUCCAAGGCGACGCCUACUACCUCCCACCCCGACAUCCCAUCGGAGAUCCUCCUUCAACUUCGAGUGCCUGCGCAGACAGAGCAGCCAGGAGGAUGUUCCGCUGUCACCUGCGCUCCCCCACCGUGCCGCUCUGCCUCUGCACCUGAUGCAGCAGCAGAUCAUGGCAGUUGCAGGCCUUGAUUCCAGUAAAGCCCAGAAGUACUCACCAAGCCACUCAACCCGGUCAUGGGUCACCCCUCCCGCAACCCCGCCAUACCAGGACUGGACCCCGUGCUACACACCCUUGAUUCAGGUGGAUCGGUCAGAGUCACUGGACCAGGUCAAUGGCAGCCUGCCGUCCCUGCACCGCAGCUCCUGGUACACAGAUGAGCCAGACAUCUCCUAUCGGACUUUCACUCCAGCCAGCCUGACUGUCCCCAGCAGCUUCAGAAACAAAAACAGUGACAAGCAGAGGAGCGCAGACAGCUUGGUGGAGGCAGUCCUGAUAUCAGAAGGCUUGGGACGCUACGCAAGGGACCCAAAAUUUGUGUCAGCCACAAAACAUGAAAUCGCCGAUGCCUGUGACCUAACCAUCGAUGAGAUGGAGAGUGCUGCCAGCACGUUGCUCAAUGGGAAUGUGUGUCCUCGAGCCAACGGGGACGCGGGCCCUGGCGCACAUCGGCAGGACUACGAACUCCAGGACUUUGGUCCCGGCUACAGUGAUGAGGAGCCAGAGCCCAGGCAAGAAGAGGAGGACCUGGCAGAUGAAAUGAUCUGCAUCACCUCCUUGUAGCC